GUGUGACGAGGGGGACAAAAAACUGAAAGGGACGGUUUUUCCGUUAUUUAUGGCCGCUCCUUAAAGCCCAAGCCAAACAGAUCCGAAAAAUAGUCGAAGAGUGUGAGGAAGAGAGGGGAAAUGGCGGAUUCCUCUCUCUCAAUCAGAUUAACUAUACUCUUCUCUCUGUCUCUCACAGCCUCCUCAUCGUUCUUCCUGAAGCAAUCAUUGCCGUCACCUACUCCAUCGCCAUCGCGUUCAAGAUUCUCUCCUCCUGUCCCGAAAGCCACACCGUCUGAUUUAAUCUCCUUUCUCGGUUCCACCAGCCAGUCCUCCAAGGUCAACCCUCUCGUGGCACGGGAACUCAGUUCCUGCCUCAAAUUUGUCAUUCCAUUCUCUCCGGUCGAGACAAAAAGCUCACGUUCCUGUACAAGUGGAAGGAGACGAAGCUCCAGUGAAGAGAAUCAGCUCAUUUGGUGGCCGCCUAAGCCGGUGCUUGAGCUCGCUAGGCUUUCCGUUGAAUCCGGUGGAGAUUCUGACGCAAUUUACCGUUAUCUCGAUCCCACGGUCUUGCGUGUUCCUGACGUUGAAGGAUCGAUUGAAGAUCGAUGCCAGCUCACUAGAUCGCCGAAUUGUUGGCGCUUCAUAAGUGAGGACUUGAAUUCAUAUUUUGGAUUUCUAUUUGAAGUUAUUGCUACCCGGGGUUCAACUGUUGGGUUGAAUCUGUCAUUGAAUCGCUUUGAUUUAUUCCAUGGUCACAUUUUCCUUUCUGUGGAUUCUGGAAGGCUUGGAAUACUGUUUCAUGCAAAAGAAUAUCCAGCAUAUGAGAAAGAAGUGUUCCCAUACAAUAUGGGGUAUUGCCAAAUAGGGUCUAAUGUAAAUUACGAUGAAUCAAUGAACUUGCGGAACAUUCUCUGGCUGGCUCCUUUGCCAAGCAAUUCUACUGAAGAGUGGUUGGCACCAGGGGUCCUGGUGGUGUUGGAUGCCCAUCCUGGAGGAAUUAUAUAUAGGGAUCUCGUACCUGAGUAUGUAAAUUAUGCAAGGACGAUUUAUGAAGAUGAAUUUGGCAAUGUUGUAGCUGAUGUUAACUACUUGAAUGUUGGAAAAAAAGCUCCAGAUUAUCAAAUUUUCAUUUGCUGAUGGGCGUUGUCGAGUUACGACAUGGCCAAUAACACUACAGAGAUCGUUGAUUUCUCAGUAAUGACUCCCUUUAAACUCUCAUUCCUUGUGGAGAAAAUAGUUUUAGAUUUUGUACAUGCUUGUGGCUGUAUAUGAGAUGAUGGUGAUCUGAAGAGACUUCAUGGCUUUUUUCAUGUUAGAACAAUAAGACGCAGACUCUAGUGGAUCAACUUUUUUCA